GCCCUGCUAUAUAAAAUCCCCCACCCCCACCUAGGGUUGCCCUUCUCCCUCCACAACCGCCGCCGCCGUCGCAAACCCUCGCGCACUCGCCUCCAACCCUCCUUCUCCGCCGCCCCACCGCCGCCGUCGACAUGGGCAAGGUUCACGGAUCGCUGGCCCGUGCCGGGAAGGUCCGCGGGCAGACGCCCAAGGUCGCCAAGCAGGACAAGAAGAAGCAGCCCCGCGGCCGCGCCCACAAGAGGAUCCAGUACAACCGCCGCUUCGUCACCGCCGUCGUCGGCUUCGGCAAGAAGCGCGGCCCCAACUCCUCCGAGAAGUAGGCGCGCGCCAAGAAAAGGCUCUUCCUUUGCGCUAGUUUUCCUCUCCUUUGUUGUUACGCAAGAUUAUGAUGAUGGAAGAGACACUACUGAAGUGUUAAAGUAUGCAUUGUUUUGCUUAGUUGAAGAAUCUGAGAUACUGUGGUAUGAGUAUGCAUGUUUUGAUUAGUUGAAGAAUCUGUGAUAUUGUGGUAAUGAGUUCAUGGCUUAAA